GGCAGAGGAGACGCACCCAAAGAAGCGAGGCAGCAACAGCCAGCAACAGCCAGUAAAACAACAAACAACAAACAAACAGACAAACAGACAGACAGACAGAAGGCGAAUCAGACAAAUGAGCAACACAUUGGGUCAUUUGAUUCGGAUCAACUUGAUUCAAUCGGGUCCAUCGGGUUUCGAAAGGGCAGACACCCUUUCUUUGCCUGCGUGCUUGUUUAGUUGUUUACUUGUUUGGUUGUUUACUUGCCUGGUUGUUUGCCUGUUUGCUUUUCUUGCUUCUCUUGCUUCUCUUGCUUGCAAAUACCACCCCGCCCUUUCCUGCUCACGCUUCUUUCUCUUCCCACUCCCUCUCUCUCUUUCUCACUCUCUUCUUCUUCUUCUUCUUCUUCCUCCUCCUCCUCACUCCUCCUCACUCCUCCUGCGGAUCAACCCUCCUCUUCUUCACCUUGCUCGCCUCUUUCUCCUCUUCCUCAAACCCCCCCUGUCUGGUCCCUCUCUCCCUCCCCACAUAUCCUACGCACCCCACCUACCCCGUCAUCCACAAUCAGGACACGCCCACACGCCUCUCUUUCACGCUCGUCUCCAACCAACGCGUAUCGCAUACUCCAUUCCAGGCCCCUGUGCUUCGUCUCCCCUCCCCUUUUUUUCAUUCCUUCCUUUUCAUAUAACCCAAUCAGCCCACCGACCAACCAACGGUCAUUGUGAACACCACAGCAUUAAAGCACACGCACAGCAGUUGCAGUCUACAUAGCGCAUCUUUAGCCUGCUCAUCCACUCCCUCAUACUCUCGAACCUUCCCUCGUUCUUGUUCUCCCUUCCCGCCAAUUGCGAUUCCAAUUGCGAUGUUAAAGAUAGCCUACUGUACGCCACAGAUCACAGUCUGAUAUAU